CGCAUGCUCCAAGUCUUCCACCGUCCCAUAAUGCAUUGUCUGACGCUUCGCCCUCGCCCCUGGCAACAAAUGCGCAGCCGCCCAAGGGGAUUUUGACGUCACACUGCCUGACCGCAUCUCGGGAAAGUUUGUCCCUCUGCGCGAUCCGGCACUCAGAGGUCGUUGCUAGGUGCCGACGUUCCGCUUCUUCACAUCUGAUUGGAUCUCACGCAAAAGUUGAGGCGGGGUUUUACGGUAGCGCGCAUGCGUGCAGCAAAGGAUGGAGGACUCGGAACCUGAGCGGAAGCGGGCUCGCACAGAUGAGGCGACUGCCGCAGGAAGCCGCUCCGAGGCGGAGGAUGAGGACGACGAAGACUACGUGCCUUACGUGCCUUUGCGACAGCGGCGGCAGCUGUUGCUCCAGAAGCUACUGCAACGAAGGCGCAAAGGAGCUUCGGAGGAGGAGCAGCAGGACAGCGGCAGCGAGCCCCGGGGAGAUGAGGACGACAUCCCUCUGGGCCCUCAGUCCAACGUCAGCCUCCUGGAUCAGCACCAGCACCUUAAAGAGAAGGCUGAAGCUCGCAAGGAGUCGGCCAAAGAGAAGCAGCUGAAAGAAGAGGAGAAGAUCCUGGAGAGUGUGGCUGAGGGCCGAGCCUUGAUGUCAGUGAAGGAAAUGGCCAAGGGAAUCACAUAUGACGAUCCAAUCAAAACCAGUUGGACACCCCCCCGUUAUGUCCUGAGCAUGUCUGAAGAGCGGCAUGAGCGUGUGAGGAAGAAGUACCACAUCCUGGUGGAAGGAGAUGGUAUCCCACCACCCAUCAAGAGCUUCAAGGAAAUGAAAUUUCCUGCAGCCAUCCUUAGAGGCCUGAAGAAGAAAGGCAUCCACCACCCAACACCCAUUCAGAUCCAAGGCAUCCCCACCAUCCUGUCUGGCCGUGACAUGAUAGGUAUUGCCUUCACGGGUUCAGGCAAGACACUGGUGUUCACACUGCCUGUCAUCAUGUUCUGCCUGGAACAAGAAAAGAGGUUACCUUUCUCCAAGCGUGAAGGGCCCUACGGACUCAUCAUCUGUCCCUCACGGGAGCUGGCCCGGCAGACCCAUGGCAUCCUGGAGUAUUAUUGCCGCCUGCUACAGGAGGAUAGCUCCCCACUCCUGCGUUGCGCUCUCUGCAUUGGGGGCAUGUCUGUCAAAGAGCAGAUGGAAACCAUCCGACAUGGUGUGCAUAUGAUGGUGGCCACCCCUGGACGCCUCAUGGAUCUGCUGCAGAAGAAGAUGGUCAGCCUAGACAUCUGUCGCUACUUGGCUCUGGACGAGGCUGACCGCAUGAUUGACAUGGGUUUCGAGGGCGACAUCCGCACCAUCUUCUCCUAUUUCAAGGGCCAGCGGCAGACCCUACUCUUCAGUGCCACCAUGCCUAAGAAGAUUCAGAACUUUGCCAAGAGUGCCCUGGUAAAACCUGUCACGAUCAAUGUGGGCCGUGCCGGAGCCGCCAGCCUGGAUGUCAUCCAGGAGGUGGAAUAUGUGAAGGAAGAGGCAAAGAUGGUAUACCUGCUGGAGUGUCUACAGAAAACACCCCCACCCGUACUCAUCUUUGCAGAGAAGAAGGCAGAUGUGGAUGCCAUCCACGAGUACUUGCUGCUCAAGGGGGUCGAGGCGGUGGCCAUCCAUGGGGGCAAAGACCAGGAGGAACGGACCAAGGCCAUCGAGGCGUUCCGGGAGGGCAAGAAGGAUGUCCUGGUGGCCACAGACGUAGCCUCCAAGGGCCUGGAUUUCCCUGCCAUCCAGCAUGUCAUAAAUUAUGACAUGCCUGAGGAGAUCGAGAACUACGUGCACCGUAUCGGCCGUACCGGGCGCUCAGGAAACACAGGCAUCGCCACGACCUUCAUCAAUAAGGCCUGUGAUGAGUCGGUGCUGAUGGACCUCAAAGCCCUGCUGCUGGAGGCCAAGCAGAAGGUACCACCCGUGCUGCAAGUGCUGCACUGCGGAGAUGAGUCCAUGCUGGACAUCGGAGGAGAGCGUGGCUGUGCCUUCUGUGGUGGCCUGGGCCAUCGAAUCACAGACUGCCCCAAACUCGAGGCUAUGCAGACCAAGCAGGUCAGCAACAUCGGCCGCAAGGACUACCUGGCUCACAGCUCCAUGGACUUCUAAGCCAUCUGUCAUCCCUUGUCUCCAAGAGGCCUCAGUCUCCAGCCACCUCCCAUACACAAACCAGCCCCUUGGACAAAAAGCCAGCAUCCUCAGCCCAGCUGGCCUGGGCUGGGUCAGGCUGGGCCUGGCUGCCUGCUCCCUGUGUCCCCCAGAAUUACUAUUUUUGUUCCCCUUUACCCUAGCUGUCAUUAAAGCACAAGCCUGUCUGGUCUCA